UGUUGUUGUUUAUUGUGCUACAUGCCAAACUAUUCAUUUAUGUUUUGCUUAAAGAGGUACAAAACCACCCUAGUCCUCAUACACUACCCCUGACCUCCCACAGUUCCUUAUUCAUUUCAUCCACUUGCUCUUAUAUUUUUUUCUUUCUCCUGAAGCUCUGUUAAUUAGCCCCCGUCUACUUCAUAGACCUUCAUUUGCUGCCUUGUCAUCUACCAUAAACCCUUUCUUUGUCGCUCCACACCAUUUGGCCACUGUUGGGGUGAGAGCGUUCUUCUCUGCAGCCCAUUUAGAGCAGUUUCCAUGAUAGCAUUGUAGAAAUUUGCUCACUCCUACUUUUGCUAAGCUUCCCAGAGAGGAUAAAGGGGAAGAAAACAAUCCACAGUGAAGUCUAUUCAUAGCUGUAUGCUGAAAUGGCUUUUGUUUCUUUUCUCCCACUAUCUGAGUGAGUUUCAGUUCAACUAUCUUCAGUAUUCCUGCUGUGAAAGGGACAGACGUGCUUUGGACUUUGUUUUCGAGCAUGACCUCUGUCUUAUAUUCAGCCCAAAAGAAGUAGUUUGUUAGAGUGUGGCUCUUCUGAUCUGUCUUGCAGAAUUACUUCUAAACGUAAGCGAUGAAUGUUGUCAUAUUUGAUUUUCUUUAAUGCACUGAUCACUUCUCCCUCAUUUUCCAGUUUAUGAUGUUAACACAAUUUAUUAUACAAAAGUCCCCAGCAGCACUACAGUGUAUGGAUGUGCGUGGGACUUGUAUCUCCCAUUUGUACAUCAGUUAUAGUGUGAUAAGUCUUAACUGGAAAAAAAAAAAAUGGGCCAUAUUCAUCCCUGGUGUAACUCCACUGAGCACAGUGGACUAACCUACACUGAGGAUGAAUUUGGCUCAUGCCUGACUGCCAGCAUCCGCUGUGCAGUAACUAAGUAACAAGAACAGUGUCACUAGAAGGUAGAGCCAACAUAAAUUGUGCACUGAAGAGUGGGGGAAAAGGACACAUCUCCUUUUAGAAUCUCUGUAUACCAGAACGUGUAAGCUGUGCCAGUGAUGUGAUCAAAGGAGACUGCGACUUCUGCAGGCUCUUGGACUCGUAUCCUGUAAAAUCCAUAUCACUACAACACAGGAAAAGAUCAGAAGGAACAGCUUCUGUUCUGUGCAUGAAGAUGCUGGAGAGCUGUCCAAUCCUUUUGUCCAUAGUUACCAGCCUGCUCUUCAUUUUGCUGCUGCUUGCAGUGCUCAUCAGAAACAACGGCUGGGCAGCCAUUCUGUGGAAUGAAAUCAUCCUGCAGAAAAUAACCAAUUUCAUCAUGGCUCAGAGCAAAGAAGAGAGGAUUUUAAACUUCGUGCUGCAGAAUGCAAUCAAAGGGGACCCCCAGAGUGUAGUGGACACCAUAGAUAAGUACUGCUCCCAGAAGGAGUGGGCCAUGAACGUGGGGGAUGAAAAAGGUUUGAUUCUAGAUAAGAUACUGGAGGAAACAAAGCCAUCAGCCUUGCUGGAGCUGGGAACGUAUUGUGGCUACUCUGCUGUGAGGAUUGCUCGGCUGUUAAAGCCCAGCGCUUGCUUACUGACCAUCGAGUUCAACCCUGACUUUGCUGCUAUCGCCAAACAGAUGAUUGAGUUUGCUGGAGUGCAAGAUAAGGUGAAAAUUCUAGAAGGCCCUUCGGAGACAAUUAUCCCACAGCUGAAGAAAAAGCAUGAAGUGGACACACUGGAUUUUGUCUUUCUCGAUCAUUGGAAAGAUAGAUACCUGCCAGACACCAUCCUGCUGCUUGAACAUGGCUUGCUGAGGAAGGGCUCUGUUAUCCUGGCUGACAACGUCGUCUGCCCUGGGGCUCCAGACUUCAUUAAGUACAUCCGCAAUAACAACAGUUUUGAAUGUACCAACUAUCCCUCACACGUGGAGUACAUGAAAGCGAAGGAUGCCAUGGAAAAGGCCGUGUUUUUGGGAUAAAGGGAGUCACUGGUAUCCAACUUUUGUUUCAAGUGGUGUAAAUGCAAUUGCACAGGUUAACUCUGACUGUGCUUCAAGUUUAGCUUUCUGUACUUUUGGGGCUGUAGUUAAAGCAAGUUAUGAUGAACAAGAUGGGUUUAGAGAAGGAGGAAACCAAGGUCUAGCGAGCAUGUGCAUAAGUAGGGUAGCCUGCCAAAGAUUUAGAUGCAGAGGCCUGGUUUUUUCUCUUUUCAGAUGGCUAUCUGCAUCCAAGAUGAUAUACAUUCCCUUAAGGUGAUCUGCUUCUUGCCAAACAGCAAAAAUCAAUCUUUUUACUCUGAGUUCAAACCCUACCAGCCAAGAGUGAAACAAACUCUCAGCAGUCGCUGUGAUUUUCUGUGUCCUUAAGCCAAAACAGACUAAUUGCUUCUAAGAGCGAGAAAGACACAGUUUGCAGGGAAGGAAUAUUUCAGCAGCUCUGAUUUCGCUUAAUAACUGGCAAUGCACCACUGUGAAGAAUCCUGUGGUUACGUCACACGCAUUCUUCGGUAGCUACCAGUAAAAAUUCAUGGUGCUCUGUGCUGGGGAAAACAAAACAAAACACAGUUUGACAGUGGGCAAGGCAGACAAGAUAAUUAAUGUGAUUGUGGGGAAGGGGCCAGGAAGGCUGCACAAAAUAAAUGGGUGAAAAUAUACAUUUCCAGGGUUCUUUUACCAGACAAGUAGCAUUAAGCUUCUUUAUAAUGAACUACCAAACACACAUAAGCUGCCAGGACCUUGAUAAAAUGCUGUUUUCCAACCCUUUGCAUUGACCAUAACCAAUGCAAGCUCUUUGGGGACGGGAUACGCUUCUUACUGCAGGCCAAGAGCUGCAUAAAUGCAAGAUGCUGGCUGAUGAUUUAUAAUAGGACACAACAGGCUGUGCCUUUCUGGGUGAUUACUGUAUACCCUGGGUUGUGUUCACAUUAUGGUAAAUACUAAGGAUUAUUAUUAAGGUACAAGACCAAACCCAAAGUGACUUUAUUCACCCAAAUGGUGCAAUAAUCCACUGGCAGGGCACUUCUCAGCAUGUCCCAUUGCUGUUGCACAACUGUGUAAAAUUCAAAAUUUAUAAGUAAAAAUGAAGGGGAAAAAAUGACUUAUGCAGUUA